ACGUGUUAAUGAGUUUUUAUGUAGCAGAAGUACCUCUAGUAAUUGAUAGAACCUAGCAAGAGGACGCCUCAGUGCCUACCUCCUACCUAUACCUAACUUGCUAGUACCACACCAAGAACUGGAGACGCGUUUUCGUUGCUAUACCUAUCGAUACGACGAAAGCCUCGACAACCCAGAUCGCAAUGCCCAAGAGGAAAGCAACCCAGGUGGAGGUGGAGCCGGAUAGGACGGGUUUGAGAAGAUCGACGCGUCAAAAACCAUCUGCGCCAGAUCCGACGGUAGUAUCCGAAACUAACGCGCUCCGACCCUCCCAGUCGCGGAAACAGCGAGCUCUCAAAGCCGCCAGAGCCCCGGAUGAAGAUGGAUUUCGAAAUGCGCCUCCAGUAAGAAACCCAAGAGGCGAUACCGAGAAUCCCACCCGGUCUGCCGCAACAUCGCGACCUGAAGCGGGUGGGACGCCUACCGAUUCGGAGAGGUCAUACUGGCUCAUGAAGGCCGAGCCCGAGACCAGACUCGAGAACGGCGUCGACGUGAGAUUCUCUAUCGACGAUUUAAGAGCGCGAGAAGAGCCCGAGCCGUGGGAUGGUAAGAUUGCUUCCUGUCUAAUGUGAACUAGGCUGGCUGGCCAGCCGGGUGUGUCCCCUGCAUUCGCAAUUACGCCGCUCGU